CAUCUUUCUUUUGUACUUGUUGUUUUUACUUUGUUGUUUGUUUGCCAUAAGUUGUUGAGGUAUCACAAUGGCCAGCCUAUUGAGUGCAACUGAUAGUCUUCAGGCUCCGACUGCCGGAGUGAAGCCGCACCUGCAGCCUUGGGAGAUAAUUGCGUGGUCUCCAGAGCGUCUGGGCAACCUGUAUUCCGACUGGGCACUAUACUUUUUUCGCCAACAGCGCUACGCAAAUGGACUUCGUUAUUUCAAUAACGCCCAGGACCUGAACCCUUUGAGUGCGAGGUCCCUGAUGCUCCGGAGUCAGCUGAAGAGGGCCGUGGGCUUGGCGCCGGAGGGUCUGAAGGAUUGCUACCAGGCAGAAGAUCUGCUGAAGAGGCUCAAACCACCGGUCGCCUCUCCCAACGUCAGUCUGGAGGUCUGCAACUCUCUAUAUGAGUCAAAUCGACUGGAGGAUGCCAAGAUAAGUCUGCACUGCCAUCUGAGGCGUUUCAGGUCCGCACAAAAAGUGCCCGCUGUGGAUCAUCUGAAUGUGCUAAAUGAGAACUUUCGUGACACAUUAUCGGAUGAUACCACGAUGUCAGUUCAGCGUCUCAUCAAUCGCAUGGGCACUUUGUCUAAGGCGCCCAAGGAGCUGAAAGACGAUUGCGAUGUCGUAAGCAUAAUGGAAAAGGAGGAAAUACAACUGUCCCCGCUGGAAAUAGCUAGACGUAAAAGGCACUUUAAGAUAUAUAACCAGUCGUACCUAAACAAGUGCUGGGUGGAUGUGGCAUUCCUCAAGAGACUUCGCGAUGAUCCCAAUGUGCAGCCCAAGCAUUGUCAAAAGUCAUCGGAGUAUUUGGGCAAAUUGAUGGCAGGCAAUUAUAAAGCGGAGCGAACUCUGACGAAAAUGCUGCACACACGAAGUCCCAUGUACGCUCUGCAUCGUCAAAAGUACCCCAGCGAGGGAUUUUACAAUAAACAGAUGGAAGAAAAUCUAUACCGCAUUCAGUACCAGACGAGGCGAAAUAUGUUCAAGAUCCUACGCAGUAUUCGGCUGCUGAUACGAGUUGGAGAACUAAAUAAACUGACAACGUUUAUUGAGGAGGUCAUGGGAGAUUAUGUCACCAUCAAGACACAUCGCGUAAUGCCGUGGAAAUUUGAAUUCACUAAUGAGGUUUACAACUAUUUGGGUCUAGCCCGCAUUAAUGAGUACAAAAUCCCCAGCAAUAUGACCGUCUUGCAUGGCAGACAGCGCCUUUUGACACUUUUCAGACUGCCGCCCAAUAACAGUCAGGAACUGAAAAAGGCAAAGCCAAAGCGACCGACCACAAUGGUAGCCAGAUCGGCUAUUACCGAUCCCAAGGCGGAGAAAUUUAAGAAACAAGUGGCCCGUCUGGAGAGUCGGAUGCGGUUUUCCGAGUUUCACAUAGAACGAUCCUAUCUUCUACACGAACUGGCCCAAGAGCACUUAAACAAUAAUUCAUUUGAUGCGGCCUGUUCCAUGGCCAGAAAGGCCUUUGACGAGGCCGUAAAAUGCAAUAGUUUUGUUUGGAGCUUCUUGAGUCUGAUCGUAAUAUGCAAGACGCACGCGAUUUUGGGUAAAAUUGAGCGGGAAAAGGAAAUCCUCGCUGAGGCCUUUGAGCUGGCCAAAAAAAUGAAAAACCUCGACCUUUGUCUGUUCAUAGAUAUCUGCAUUAAGGUAAAUGCGGAGGAGAUGGAAAUGAAACGAAUGAUCACAUCUGAUUUAAGUUCAAAAAAACAAAAACUUGGCUCUAGAAUGUUCCAAAGCAACGAUCAAGUAAUAAAUGAGGAUCGAAGCCAAAUUAGCUAAAAAAUAAUAUAGAAUAUUUAACAUCAAAACGGAAUAUUUGGACCUCAUAAUAAAAAAUAUUUUAUCAUAA